UUCCUGAAUGUACAACAACAACAACAACAACAACAAUAAUAAUAAUUUCGAGGUGGCUUCCUGAAUGUAUGAUCAACUGUUGACACUUAGAUUAACAGAAAAAGGUGGAGAUAGGAUUGUCAAGGGUAGAGCUUUAAAUAAUCUCAAGUUGCUUGGGAUCUGUCUCAUUUAGACUUUUUCGAGUAGACUUGAGAGAUAAACAAGUAUUAGAUGAUGAAGAGCAUAGGGAUUGCUAGAAAGCCGAAGUUAGUGGUAUGUGAACACUUGCUCCAACAAUCUUUUCUUUUUAUUUCUUCAAGUCAUAAUUUAACUUCGCUGACCUCGUGGUUUGGAUCCAUCUCCACAAUUCUCUUCCUCGAGGAAAAGUUCUUUUAUCACAAUGAUGGCAAUGGCUGAGGUUCUGGAACCAAAUUAUGCUUCAAAAUACGCUUUUGGAUGUUGGAAAUAGAUUUUGAUGGACCUAUUAAUUGGUCAUGGAGAAUCUUUUGAUAAUAGUUCAGUCAUAUUGACCAAAUAGAUUGUGAGGAAAAGAGUUUAAGCGAAAAGCAGAGAAAAAUGAAGUUAGCAUGUAACGUAAGAUGCCCUUUCUAACACAUCUUGACAUCCUGUAUUCUAAUUUGCACGAGAUAGAUGACAGUGAAGUGGUACAAGACAGUCGAAUGUUCAAAAUGCAAGGAAAUGAGUGAAAAAGAAAAGUUAGACAACUUAGAGUGGGCAGGUAAUUUUCACACUGUUAAGCUCCAGGUCAGCUGCAAAAUCCAGAAUAUAGGUUCUUUCCAUCCAGUAGUCAUGUUUUCCAGUUAUCUUACUCUUGAUGGUUUUUGAUGGGGAAAAGGGCAAUGACUACCGCCGACAGUUGUUACCUUCAUAUAAAGCAAAUAGGAGGAAAUUAUCCCAGCAAGUUCCUGCAUCACAGAGGUUUCCAAGGAGUAGUUUUGGAAGAUCACAUAAACUUACUCUCUAUGUUCUACAGAAGUGCAAUGUACCCGUUGUUAAAAUUGAAGGUCAUGAAGCAGAUGAUGUAGUAGCAACGCUCGUUGAACAAGUUCUACAAAGAGGAUAUCGAGUUGUCAUUGCCUCUCCAGACAAAGAUUUUAAGCAGCUAAUAUCGCAAGAUGUUCAGAUUGUUAUGCCUGUGCCUGAAUUGGAUAGAUGGUCUUUUUACACCCUGAAGCACUACAUUGCUCAAUACAGUUGUGAUCCACAGUCUGAUUUAAGUUUACGUUGCAUUUUGGGUGACGAAGUGGACGGUGUUCCUGGCAUUCAGCAUUUUGUUCCUGGUUUUGGUCGGAAGACAGCUCUAAAGCUCUUGAAAAAGCAUGGUUCCCUGGACAAUUUACUUUGUGCAGCUGCAGUAAGAACUGUGGGCAGACAAUAUGCACAAGAGGCUCUUACAAAUUAUGCUAACUUUCUGCGAAGAAAUUAUGAAGUUCUUUCUUUAAAGAAGGACAUUGAUGUGCAUGUUGAAGAGCAGUGGUUGUCUCGGAGGGAUACACGCAAUGAUUCAGUUAUUUUAGGCAACUUUGUGAAUCUGCUGAGGGAAAAGCAGAACCUCUGUUGGCAGAAUAGAUCUCAUUCGAUGCAUUAAGCUCCUAUUAAGUUCUUUUGAAGAUACACAAGGUAAAGUUGGUAUGUUAAUAUGGCUCUAAAGUAGUGGUGUCAAUUGGGCUGAGCCAAUUGCAAAGAGGCAGAGAACGGCCUGCUAGUCUGGGUUGACCUGGGUUUUUUGUUUCUUUGGGCAGCCACAUUUCUCUAUGACCCGUCUAUGUCUGUAGGCCCAUCCCUAGGAGGUCCGGUUGAGAAGGGCCUGACUGGUCAAAUGUACUAUUGUUUUGAUUUUAUAUUUUCGAUAGUGUGGGCUGGCCGGCAUGGGACUAUGGACCAUAGGGCCAAGCCCAUAACUGAAUGAGGGCAGUCCCACGUUGGCUUUUCAUGCCUAGCCCACGUGACACCACUAUAAAGUCUAAAGUAGUAUUUAUCUCUAAAUUAGUAAUGCUCUUGACACUA